AUGGGUUCAGUUUCUCAUCCACCACAUUUUGAUGGUGACAACUAUGUUGCGUGGAAGGCGAAAAUGAAAUCGUUUUUGUGGGCACAAGAUGACAAGGUGUGGCUUGCUGUUGAAGAAGGUUGGGAACCUCCGACGAUUGAAGAAACCAAAGGUAAAGGAGAGUCAUAUGUGUCUAUAUCUAAGCUUAAGCCUAGGAAAGAAUGGAGCAAUGAUGAGCGUAGCUCUAGCACUUUUAACCAAAGGGCUUUGAAUGCUUUAUUCACAGCCGUUUCGCCUGAACAAUUCAAUUACAUAAGUAAGUGUACAACGGCGAAAGAAGCUUGGGACAUUCUUGAAGUUACUCAUGAGGGUAACUCAACUCGUAUUGUCAAUGGCUGUCACAAUCUUGGUGAUAGUAUUCCUGAGCAUAGGAUUGUGAAAAAGAUCUUAAGAUCACUUCCUAUGAGGUUUCAUGCUAAGAGGACGGCGAUUGAGGAAUCGAAAGAUCUAAACACCUACAAGCUUGAGCAAUUGAUUGGGUCUCUGCAACCGUAUGAGUUAGAGCUUCCUGAUUCCAAGAAGAUGAAAAGCAUUGCUCUCAAAGCUGUCAAAGAAGAAGAAAGUGAUGGCUUAAUUGAAGACUUGUCCGAAGAUGAAUUGGUUGAAUUAACCAUGCAAAUUAGAAGGUUUCUCAAGUCUCAAAAUUCCAAGGGUCGUGAGCAACGAACCAACUCAGGUUCGAACUCAAAAAACUUUCGUUCUCUAGAUGUCUUACAUGACAAAGCCUCUAGAUCAUCUAGAACUAGUGAACAUAGGAGUUCUAACAAUAGGGUUCAGUGUCAUGAGUGUCAAGGCUAUGGACACAUUGCUUCUGAGUGUGCAAACACUAUUAAGAGAAAAGAGAAGAAGAAUAGGGCAAUGAAGGUCACUUGGAGCGAUAGUGAUUCAGGGGAUGCAUCUACGUCAGAAUCUGAGAAGGAUACGAUUGCGUUUAUAGGAACUGUUGAUGGAUAUGACACAGAAGGUUCAUUUGUUGAAGAACCUGACUUGGAAAAAGUCUUGAGAAAAUAUUCUGAUCUCUAUGACAUCAGUGUGCAAUUGGACAAUGGAGAGAAACUGCGAGAGUCGCUGUUAGAGAAGAUUCACAUUCUACAAACCACAAUUAACACUCUCUCGUCUGAUAAGAAAGCUCUUGAGGACGAAGUGGUUGAGAUGAGAAGAAAAGUUCAGGAGUUGAGCAUAGGUUCGGGGAAAAUUGACAAGAUGCUUAGCUAUGGAAAAAGUUUUGGAGACAAAGGAGGUCUAGGAUUCGAGUCUACAAAGACUACAAGUUCCUCUUCUGUCACCAGAUUUGUCAAAGCCUCUAAUAUUCCUAGUUUGAAAAUAAAUGCUUUUAUUUUCAGCAACGUAUAUCUUUUGUACGUCACAGGUUUUCUUGUUUGA